CGCCCCAGUAGCUACAUUCGACGAUCCGCGGUGGGUCAUUUCUCGCGCGCGUUACAGCGUUAUUCUCGCGUCCUCCGAUCCCUCCGUCGGCUCGUGUCUGUCCAGCUCCGCACGGUGCGUUUCUCCUCGCUCGAUCGUCGUCAUCGUGCGCCACGCUUCUCGCGAUCGGCCGCGUGAGGAUAUGUGAUCGCGAGCCCACUCUGCCGAGCGCCGCCAUUUUUGUCAUUGUAUUCGCGAGAACGAUCUCGGGGAAGGACUCCGAUGCUCGUCGGUGACGCAUCGCGUCGGUCCCGUCGUCGCACCGUCGCGUGAGUCCUCGCGAUACCGCUCGUCCCCCGAGUGUCACCGGACGAAACCCGCUCUCUCUCCCACGCGUUCCCGGCGUCCGCGGAGUACCGGUUUCCUCUCCGGCGAGAGGAACUCGCCCGGCUACGUACAGCGACUCGCAGGGGCUUUUGCUCGUGGACACGGCGCAGACAGCAUCCCCGUGGCCGCUCCUUCGCCGCUGGGAUGCAACAUUGAGCGUCGCCGUGGCAGCUUUGCAUCGACUGUUCGCAAGAUAAAAAGAUCGAGAACAUAGGCAGAAUGACGGCUAUGACGCAGGAGGAGAUAGUGGCAGGAGCCAGGACAGUGGCGCAGGGCCUGGAAGCCCUGCGGGUGGAGCACGGCGGACUCCUGCAGGGCCUGCAGUCCCAGGACGCGCCGGCGGCGCGCGACAAGGCCAGUUUGCUGUCGAAGAUCAUCGAGAUGAUCGAUCUGGGCCUGGGUGAGGCGCAAGUGAUGCAGGCGCUCGCCAGCCACCUACAGAUGGUCGAGGCGGAAAAGCAGAAGCUGAGGACCCAAGUGAAGAGGCUGUGCCAGGAGAACGCCUGGCUGCGAGACGAGUUAGCCGGCACCCAGCAGAAGUUGCAGGCGAGCGAACAAGCGGUUGCUCAGUUGGAGGAGGAAAAGAGGCAUUUAGACUUCAUGGCCAGUAUGCGACAAUACGAUCCGGAUCCGUCGACAGAAGACGAGAAUGCGAAGGAUCGGCCGAAGGACGACCCCGUUGUGGACCUUUUCCCCGAUGAUGACGCGGAUGAUCGCAAUAGUAAAUCCAUAUCUCCGACUCCGCCGUCGCAGUUUGCGCAGCAAGUGAACGCCGGCUACGAGAUACCAGCGCGGUUGCGCACUUUGCACAACCUGGUGAUCCAGUACGCGAGUCAGGGCCGCUACGAGGUUGCGGUGCCACUGUGCAAGCAAGCGCUGGAAGACCUGGAGAAGACCUCCGGCCACGACCACCCGGAUGUAGCCACCAUGCUCAACAUCCUCGCGCUCGUAUAUCGCGACCAGAACAAAUACAAGGAGGCGGCGAACCUGCUGAACGACGCCCUGGCCAUUCGCGAGAAGACCCUGGGUGAGAACCAUCCUGCCGUGGCGGCUACCCUCAACAAUCUGGCGGUGCUGUACGGGAAACGAGGCAAAUACAAGGAAGCGGAGCCUCUGUGCAAGCGCGCGCUCGAGAUACGCGAGAAGGUGCUCGGUCGCGAUCACCCUGACGUGGCGAAACAGCUGAACAAUCUGGCGCUGUUGUGCCAGAACCAGGGCAAGUACGAGGAGGUCGAGCGUUACUAUCAGCGCGCGCUCGAGAUCUACGAGGCCAAGCUGGGCCCGGACGAUCCCAACGUCGCCAAGACGAAGAACAACCUCGCCUCAUGUUUCCUCAAGCAAGGCAAAUACAAGGACGCCGAGGUGCUGUACAAGCAGGUGCUCACGCGGGCGCAUGAGAGGGAAUUCGGUGCUAUUGACGGCGACAACAAGCCGAUCUGGCAGGUUGCUGAGGAGAGGGAGGAGAACAAGCACAGAAACAAGGAGAACACACCGUACGGCGAAUACGGUGGCUGGCACAAGGCAGCGAAGGUGGACUCGCCGACUGUCACCACCACUCUGAAGAACCUGGGCGCGCUGUACCGUAGGCAGGGCAAGUACGAAGCCGCCGAGACCCUGGAGGACUGCGCCAUGAGAUCGCGUAGAGAGCACGUGCAGCAAGCACUGGAACUGGUGAACAAGGCGCGAAUGACGCAGCUGCUGGGUGACGAGAAGAGCUCCACGAGACGCGGCUCCCGCUCCAGUCUGGCGAACAGCGAACACGAGCAGAGCCACGACGAGGCGAACAGCACGCUGCCGUUGGUGCAGAGGGCGCUGCUGCACAAUGAGGGACAGCCGGCCGGCGGCCACCACGACAGUGCUAGUCCUAACAAACCCGGUUUCAAAAACAAGAUCUUCCAAGCUUUCGGCAUACACUCGUCCUCCACGUAGGCGGGGUGUGACUCCACCUCGCUCCGUCUCGCACCGUCUCGCGCAUCUAGCUUUUAUUUUGUCCGCCUUCGUAGAGUUCUCUUCGUCUCGACGAUCUUCAACUACGACGUCGUCGCGUGUCGAGAUGCCGUGUAUUUCAUCUUUCUUCAAAGUGACGGAAAGGUAGAAAAAAAGAGAGGGAGAGAAGAAAGAGAGAGAGAGAGAGAGAAUGAGACAGUGAGUGAAUUUUUGGUUAUCGAGUACUUGUUUGAUGAAGAACUGUUAUGUAGAGUUUAUAGAGCUUAAUUUAGAUAUCGAUUGUUUCUUUUAUAAGAAUUAUUGCUAAGACUACCAUUUCUUCGUCGCGGCCAUCUUAAGUCGAUAGAUGUUAGAAGCGAGAAAAUAUAUAUUCAGAAUUCUUGUGAAAUAUAUCGGAAUAAAAAGAUUUGUCCGUAGCGCGUCAUUCGCACACAUCGAUCGAGCAGAUUUUAAGAUGUUCUAAGAACUUUCCCUCUGCUCCGAUAAUCGAUUAAUAAAGCCACAAGAUUAAAUUGAGACACAAUAAAGACAAAAUCUCUGGAGAUGGGAAAGUGAGUUAAAUACCACGUUGGUUCGAUUGCUAUUUUACGGCUAAUUAUUGGUUUACGUUUAUUUUACGGAUGAUCGGUCACUUAUGGCCAACUGUUGUUGAAGUAAUAGAAAAGUAUUCGGAGAAUCUUAAUCGAGGCUGAUCAAUUGGUCGUAAGUGUCAUUUUAAUACCAUAAUAUAUCGUGUCGUAUAUAUCUAUAGCAAGCACGGAAAAAUGCAGCGUAUAUCGCAGAUUUUGCCGUCGCCGGUCUCAGUUGUCCGCAUUUACGGUGUCUCGAUGAUGACUUUAUCGUUCAUUUUAUAAACAUCGAUUUAUUUCAACGUACUUUGCAAGAAUUUUGAGCAUGUGUUCUCCCACUUCUGACGACGUGAUGUAAGACAGCCGCGGAGCGGAGAAGACCAGGAAUCUUAAAAUUAAACAUUGCUAAAUAGGAAUCGUACACUGAAAUUGAGCAUUGUUAUUAAUUUUUUAUUAGAUAUUAAACGAAUAGUGUUAAAUUGAUAUUCGAUUGAAUGCCAUGGGCAGUUAAAUCUUGGAUAUUAAAGAAAUUAAAAGGGUGGAUGGUUGUAAAUAAGAAAGAUUAUUUUCUUAUUUUCGCACAGAUACACAGUAUUAAAUCUUUUGAAGGCUAAAGAGAUCACUUUAAGAAGAUUGUUUUUCGUUAUACAAAAUGAAGAUCGCUCGCUUGGUGAGAUUUACUUAGAAUUUACUAAGUAAUAGCGAAAAAUUCAGAAACGACAUGAAAAACGAAAAGAAAGUGUGAAACUUAAUCUCGAAUAAUAAAGUAUUAAAUAAAUUUGACAUUAAAUCUUUAAGGUGGAAAGAUUCAAAGGCAAGGUGACAGAUUAUUAAGAAGAUUGCGAAGGUUACAAAGAUUAUUCCUUAUGAAAUGUAUAAAUUGUUCUCUCUUUUUUUUUUAACUGUAGAUUAUAGAUUUAUUAAAUUAUAGGUGCAAUUAUAGAUUAUUCUUCAUGGGAAGAUCUUUCUUUCAGCGAGAAAUAUUUCUUGCUUACAAAAAGUACGAAUGAGAACAAAGAUGAAGAGAUCAUUUAGUCGAAUUGACUGAGGGCGCAUCCUCUCCCUCUCUUUUUCAUUCUCUCCCUUUUCGGAAACGUUAUUACUAGAUAUUGUAAAUCUGACAACGCCACAAUACGUAUGUCGAGGAAGUAUCUCUCGUGUCGCUUACGCGCGUAAACACGUAUAUCCGAGUAUCAGUGUAAAAUACCGUUUUUCCCUGCGAGAUCUCUCAGCUCAUCGAUAAUAUAUUAAACGCGGGCACUUCGCAUUUUAUUCAGGAAACUUGAUCACUCGAUACACACAUUGUUACACUCUGUAAGAUUCUACCUGUCGACUUUCAAGCGGCGGUUGAAAGAGAUAAUCGGCGCGAAAUCGGUUUUUUGUCAUAUCACAGUGUGCGAUGAAAGGCCCUCCUCCCUUUCAUUCUUUGUUUUAUUCCUCAAUAAUUUUCCGUGAGAUCGACGCGAUCUAAGAGAUUCACGCUUGACCUUAAUUGUAUCAUGAUAGAUAGUUUCUUUCUCGCCAGAGAAGACCGUCGAUUCGUGGUAAAAGACGUUCCUGAGAUUAAUGCGGAAACGCUUGAAAAAAGACAAAGAAAUAAAAAUAAAAAUAAUCAUGUGGAAGAUACGAAGGGAUACAUCGAACAUUCAUCGCAUCGUUAUGAAAGACCGAUAUAUUUCUGGUCGAUGGUUUCUUUCAACAGCGAUUUUGCUUAUUGCCGUUAAUAUUCGCGACUUUCGAAACAGCGUAGCGAAAAGUGCAGCCUUAUAGAUCGCUUCCAGUUGCGAGCUGUGAUAUAAUAUUGUCUUAAUUGUAUCUUGAUUCAAGAUUUUCGCGGAGAGAAAAAGAGAGAGAGAGAGAGUGUGUAUAUGUGUGUUUCGUACUUUAUUCACUCUUUUUUUGUUUCUUACUUUGUUUUAAGGAGACGACGGUAAGAUGCAAGGUGCUUAGUUCUCCCUUAUUUAAUUCGUCAAGUGUGCUUUGGACGAUCUGUAGAAAAUUCGCGGGAUGUUAAAGAAACGCUUGAACGCGUUCAUGAAUGUUCACGUUGCACAUACUACGCAUACAUGUAUAUCCAUACAUAUAUCCGUAGAAUAUAUAUUAUAAUAUUAUAUAUAAGAUAUAUUAUAUAUCUAUAUAAUAAUAUUAUGAUUCUGCUUUUGGAAUGAUACAUACGUAAAUCAGACGUGGCGAUCAUCCGAUGACUCCCAUCGCAAUCGAUAUGUUAAUGAUUAUGAAUGGAACUAUAGAUAGAAUCCUAUUAGCGGUUUUCGUCGCGAAUUUAGGUCGUCCAAAGUGGACUUUGCAAGUGCGACUCGCGCCGAAACUUCUUUUGUGUUUGUGUCACAUGCAACAUGCAUUUAACACGAAAGCUACGAAGCUUCCUCGAGCAGAUUUUAUCUAAGAUAGGAUCGCGACGAUUCUUCUUCUCAAUUUUUUUCCCCUUCAAUAUGCAUCUCAAGUCAUCUUUGUUUCGCCCUUUCUCUCCUUCCUUUUCUUUUCGUUAAAAAAAUUUCAUAAGACCACGCGCAUAUAUAUGUAUACAUACACAUACACACACGGUGCCCCGAUCGGCGGAGAUAGUAUCAUGCAAGUAGCGAGCUGCUUUGCUUAACUAUAUUAGCGCAGUAUAGAUUCGCAAAGACAACGUUCGAUUCCAUUUCCCUGAAGAAUUUCGGCGAAUUUCUCAGAGACAGAAUUUAACGAGUUCUAUCAAUAAUCGUAAAGAUUUGUAACGAACGAAAGGAGGAAAUAUACAUGUACAGAGUGUCCCAGACUUCGCGAUUUGAAUUUUAUCGAGAGAUUUUCCGAGCAAUUUGGGGACAAUUUUUCGCCAAAAAUAUUGAGAAAAGUUAUUAUUCAAUUCAUGGCAAUUUGUUAAUUUUCAAUAUAUUUUUGUGGUCAAGUCUCGAAAUCAAAUCUCUUGAAGUUUAUUUAAAAUUGAACCCAAAAAAGUAAUUUCGUUAUUCGUUUGGGGUGUUCGAAGUUUGGUUUACGAAGCAGCUCUGAUUUUUUUCCUCGUGUCACGUAAAUUAUUGACGCUUCGACGUUUCUGCUGAGGAAGAAUGAACUCUGAAUUACUCAGAGAACUUUUCGACAAAAUUAUAGUCGGAAGAUCUGUCUGCGGCACCCUAUAUAUGCAUGUAUAUGUUCGUGUACGUGUGUAUGUUGUAAAAAGAAGUAUCGUUAUCACAUAUACACACAAUUUUCAACACACACAGUGAUACUUUUCGCUUUUGAUAUAACGUGUGCCGCAAGAAUUUCUCCUCUUCCUUGAAUUUGCGCAGUGACAUGUAUUUUACGUAUCCUGUGGCAUAUAUUUACGGCAAUCCGAAGCGGAGUUUGUUGUCUCUAUUGAGUUUGCGGCAUAUGGUGCGCUUUUUUCGUGCUGGUUCUUCGCAUGUGAUGCGUCUCACUCUAGUAGCUAGAAAAUUAUUAAAAAUACUGCUGUUUGUUGCUAGACUUUUCAAUCAUUUCUGGUAAUGGAUAAUAUUUUUGUAAUUUUUUAUAGUUAUACACACAUACAUACAUACAUACAUACACAUAUAAAUAUAAAUAAAUAAAUAUAUAUAUAUAUAUAUAUAUGCGUAUGUGCGUGUACACAUGUAUACACGGUUAUUACUGUGUGCUAAUGUAAUACCAUAAUAUACCGUGUCGUAUAUAUCUAUAGUAAGCACGGAAAAAUGCAGCGUAUGUCGCAGAUUUUGUUGUCGCCGGUCUCAAUUGUCCGCAUUUACGGUGUCUCGAUCAUGAUUUUAUCGUUAGCAAUAGAUAUACAUAUAUAUAUUUAUACAAUUGUACAGAGAAAGAGAAGAGAGAGUAUAUGUACUUUUGAACGAACAAAAGGAAAAUGAGAGGAAAGCGAGCGUAGGCCGUAUCUGUCUCUCGCAAAGAAGAUCUCAACGGUGCGUAUAUUGUAAAAAAAAAAAAAAGAAAGAAAGAGAGAAAACAAACGGAAAUUAGCGUUUCUCUUGCUGAAUUUAGCGCUGCGAGACACCUCGUGUACAUGUAUCUUAGCUUCGAUCGAAAACGAAAGAGUAAUAAGCGAGUUUUAUAUGUUAUACAAUUACCGACAACAAUUUUCAACAUUUUCUUAGGUAGGGAUAACUUGUUGUAUUACGAAUUAACGAUUAUUUUAUCCUCGAAUAAAUUAAUAAUAGAGAAACCUGAGAAAGAAAAGAUGAAGGUAGUGCCUUUGAGACUUUAUAUAAUAAUAAUGAAUGAGAAAUAAAUUAUUUUCAAACGGCAACUUCGCAGUCCAUUCGAUCUUUUGAAUCCACCUGCGACGUUUCGACGUUGUCGAGUAGACACUCAUCAUCGUUUGUCGCGUACUUAUCGUUCUGAGGCUAUCUCGCUGCGAUUUGAAGGGUGACCCGAAUUAACUUCCGCUUGUUCUUCCUGCGAGAAAAUGUCGAGGCCAAAUCGGUGUCCCGUGCUUGAGAUGAAAUUUCUUGUUUCGCUCGAGAACGUACACGUGAGGUUCUUUUGUGACCGACAAGGAUUUUAGUUUCCGGUGAGAAAGUAACGAUUUGAGGCCGCGUUCGAGACGCUCACGAUCGAGGGGAAAUACGGUUGAUCCGGAACACCCUGCGUAUGUUCUCGCAAUUAGAAUUAAUAAGUAGAUUCUUAUUGUGUAAUAGUGUGCGAUAUGACAUCGACAGAAUUGCCGGAAUUGCUUUGUAUACGAAAAUUUGUGUCGAAUCAUACACGUAUACAUAUACAUAAUACAUACAUGCACACACGCAUACAUAG